AUGGCCAUGGUGAGGAACAACACAGCGGUGAUAAACUUUAUCCUUCUGGGGUUUUCCGAACAUCCUCAGAUGAAGACUUCCCUUUUCGUGCUCUUCCUGGUGACCUACCUCCUAACUUUCACCUGGAACCUGGGCCUCAUCGUCCUCAUCAGGAUCGACUCGCACCUCCACACUCCCAUGUACUUCUUCCUCAGUAACUUGUCCUUCCUGGACAUCUGCUACGUGUCCUCCACGGCCCCCAAGAUGCUCUCUGACAUCAUCACCCAGCAGAGAGCCAUUUCCUUUCUCGGCUGUGCCACACAGUAUUUCUUCUUCUGCAGCAUGGGGCUGACGGAGUGCUUCCUCCUGGCAGCCAUGGCCUACGACAGGUAUGCCGCCAUCUGCCACCCGCUGCUCUACACGGCCCUGGUGUCCCACACGCUUUGUUUAAGGAUGGUGACUGGUGCCUACAUGGGCGGAUUCCUCAGUUCUCUGAUUGAAACAUACUCCGUCUACCACCAUGACUUCUGUGGGCCCAAUGCCAUCAACCACUUCUUCUGUGACCUUCCUCCAGUCUUGGCCCUGUCCUGCUCGGACACUUUCAGCAGCCAGGUGGUGACCUUCAUUGUGGGGGUGGUCAUUGGGGUGGUCUCUGUCCUUGUGGUCCUUACCUCCUACGGGUACAUCACUGCUGCUGUCCUGAGGAUCAGCUCAGCUCGCGGUAGGACCAAAGCCUUCAGCACCUGUGCCUCGCACCUGACUGCUGUGACCAUCUUCUAUGGCUCGGGGCUCUUCAUGUACAUGCGACCCCACUCUCGCUACUCCCCGAGCCGCGACAAAGUGGUGUCUGUGUUCUAUGCUGUGUUCAUCCCCAUGGUGAAUCCGCUCAUCUAUAGUCUUAGGAAUAAGGAGAUUAAACAUGCCGCGAGGAAAGCUGUGGAGAGGGCCUGGCUGCUUUCUCCCAGGGGCCCCUUCUUCUGA